AUGACUUCUCUCUACAAACAGAGCGUUCGACCUCUCGAGCGCGGCCUCACCAACCUCUCUGGCCUCUUAAAGGCUGGGGCCAAAUUCGCAGACGAGAAAGGCAUGUCCCACGAAGAAAUGCUGAGUUUCAGACUAGCACCAGACAUGCGAGGGCUCCCGUACCAAGUACAAUCCUGCUCCAACACCGCAAAAUUCUUCUUCACCCGCAUCGGAGCCAUCGACAACGUCGUCUUCGAAGACAAUGAAACGACAUUCGAACAGCUGCAGGAGCGAAUCACCAAGACCAUCGAGCUCAUAAGGACAGUGCCUGAAGAGGCCAUGGCUGGAAAGGAGACAGAGCCGGUGUUGAUGGAGACGGGAAUGGGAACAUUCAGGUUCGAGAGUGCGCAGAGUUAUUGGUCGGAUUUUGCGCUGCCGAAUGUGCAUUUUCAUAUGUCUUCGGCGUACUGUAUUUUGAGGCAUCUGGGCGCGCCGAUCAGAGCAUUCGACUACAUUGGAAAGGACGUCUUUGUGAAGGUCUGA